AUGUCUCUACCCCACGCCCUUGGCAUCAUCAGGAACUUCAUUGGUGGAAGAAUAGUUUCCGGACUUGACGACAUUCAAAAUCGUGGUUUGACGUUGUUAGUCGACGAGCACCAAACAGAUGCUCAAUCACCACCGUUGAAUGAGGGACUUCUGCUGGCGAGAAGGUAUUACACAUAUUAA